UGCAAGUAUAAUGAUUAGUUAAUCUGCGUAAAUGCGCUUACCACGAGCCCGCUUUACCUGUGUGGAGCGACUUGAAACAAAGCUCACAACUCGCUGAAGUUUGCGAGUGUGGAGCGCUUCCCUUGUACCGGAAAUAGUUUCCGUGCUGUUUAGUAUCUGACUAGCUGGACAACCUCGUUAUCGUAGUGGAAUGCGUUUUUAUUUUUUUGUCUGGUUAUGCUGAAUAAUUAGUUGUUUAUCAACAAUCGACAGCAUGGGAUUUUGGGGAACAUUUCGCUCAUCUGUCGGCUUGUUUUGGGCCGUUUUCGUCGCGUAACGUUAGAUCCAAGUCUUGGAUUUUGGUUAUCCACGUCCUGCGGGGGCCGUGAUUGAAAACUUUAUUUCGGGGAUUCGGCCUGUAUUUGGAAAGUUGCUAGUCAACCUCGAAGGGAAAAUGUCAAUCUUGGGUUUGAAGAAGAAGCAACCAAAGACUUUCAAAGUCAAAGUCAUCACCAUGGAUGCUGAAAUGGAGUUCAGUUGUGAGGUUAAAUGGAAAGGGAAAGACCUCUUCGAUCUGGUUUGCCGAACUGUUGGAUUGAGAGAAACAUGGUUCUUUGGUCUUCGAUAUACUGUGAAAGAUACUUAUGCAUGGCUGAAAACGGAGAAACGGGUUCUGGAUCAAGAGGUUCCAAAGGAUUCCCCAAUUACAUUUCAUUUCCUGGCUAAAUUCUUCCCUGAAAAAGUAGAAGAAGAGCUUGUCCAGGAAAUCACACAACAUCUUUUCUUCCUGCAGGUCAAAAAGCAGAUAUUAGAUGAAGAAAUAUUCUGCUCCCCAGAGGCCUCUGUGCUUUUGGCCUCAUAUGCAGUUCAAGCCAAGUAUGGAGACUAUGACCCAAACUUCCACAAACCAGGUUUUCUGGCCCAAGAUGAGCUUUUGCCUAAAAGAGUUCUGAUGCAGUAUCAGAUGACAGCGGACAUGUGGGAAGAGAAGAUUACGGCUUGGUAUGCAGAGCACAGAGGAAUUGCCAGGGACGAAGCCGAAAUGGACUAUUUGAAAAUAGCACAGGACCUAGAGAUGUACGGAGUCAGUUACUUCUCCAUCACACAAAACAAGAGGGACACCGAGUUGCUGCUGGGAGUCGAUGCACAGGGGCUACACAUAUACAACCCGAACAGUAAACUCAACCCUAACAAGUCCUUUCCAUGGAGUGGGAUCAGAAACAUAUCCUACAGUGAAAAGGAGUUCACAAUCAAACCAUUAGACAAAAAGAAGGAUGUUUUCAAAUUCUACUCCUCACAGCUCAGAGUCAACAAACUGAUACUACAGCUGUGCAUCGGUAACCAUGAUCUUUUCAUGCGGAGAAGGAAGGUGGACUCUAUUGAGGUCCAGCAGAUGAAAGCACAAGCUAAGGAGGAGAAGGCAAGGAAGAAGGUGGAGCGGCAGAUUCUGGCCAGGGAGAAGCAGAUGAGGGAGGAGGCUGAGAGGGCCAAGGACGAGAUGGAGCGGCGCCUCUUCCAGCUGCAGGACGAGGCCCGGCAGGCCAACGAGGCGCUGAUCCGUUCGGAGGAGACUGCGGACCUCCUGGCAGAGAAGGCCCAGAUCGCCGAGGAGGAAGCCAAGCUCCUGGCGCACAAGGCCGCCGAGGCGGAGCAGGAGAGGCAGCGGCUGGAGGUCACGGCCAUGAAGACCAAAGAGGAGAAGAGGCUGAUGGAGCAGAAGAUGAGAGAGGCAGAGCAGCUGGCGGUUAAGCUGGUGGAGCAGUCGGAGAGAAGGUCAAAGGAAGCAGAUCACCUCAAGCAGGACCUGAGCGAGGCUAAGGAUGCAGAGCGCCGAGCCAAGCAAAAACUUCUAGAGAUUACAAAAACAACCUAUCCCCUCAUUGCGCCUCCACCUUCGGAUGGAGGUGAUCCCAGUCUUGAGAUGGCUUCGGCAAGGAUGGACUUCAAGGACACGGACAUGAAGAGGUUGUCCAUGGAGAUCGAAAGAGAGAGGCUGGAAUACAUGGAGAAGAGCAAGCACCUGCAGGACCAGCUCAAAGAGCUCAAGUCAGAGAUUGAGUCCCUGAAGCUUGAGGAACAGCAGCAGGCCGGGGUGUUUGCCCACAGAGGGGAGGCCAGGGCCUACCCCGACCCUCCCUAUAUUCCCCACAGUAAUCGUAACUCUGCUUACAUGGCUCAAAUGGCCUACUUUGAGGAGGUGUGAUCAAAUUCACAGUGAAGAAGAGGAGCGAGCAGCACUGCGGUUUCCACACUCUGUGACUGUAAUUAAUGUGUGUAUGUGGUCUAAACAUUCUCUGCAUUACGCAUUGGAUGCGCCCGGCAUGCGGAGUUUCUCUUCAGGGGCGCAAUUCAAUCAGCUGCUCUGCAGUUCCACGCAUUUCUUUCAAAUGACACUAAUUUGCACACUCGGAAUUGCGUACGCAGUUGACACGCAUCACAUUUUUACUAUAAACACUCUUGAGAUUCGUUCUUAGUGAUAAUUCAUUUGUCACUCGCAUUUCAAAGCGCUGCGUGUAUCUUGGAGGGUAUUUUAAUGUCUGGGAGCAGAUACUGCAGUGCAGUGACCUCUUGGCGGUUCAGACGUUAGGCUUUGUGAAAAGGGAGUCCUUGCCAGACACUUUUAAAUAGCUGUGCAAAUGAUGCAAUUCUCUAGGAUUGAAUUUUAAAAAAGAACCCUAUAUUUCAAGGAAAAAAGGAUUGUGUGGAUGGUAAAAAAUUUGGUUUGAUUUUGUAUCCAGCUUUUGUUACACAUUGUCUCCUUAACAGCGCCAUUUGUAGUGGAGAAUCUUGUACAGUGAUUACCAUUAUUUUAUUUUUCCAAUGUGGAAUCACUGACAGUGACUUGUAAAGAAACAGAUGAGGCUUUACUCAUUUGCUUUUUCAGUGAAGCAAAAUGUGCAGCUGAAGCUCGGGUUUUUGUUUUUAUAGUAGUGAACCAUGCUGUAUUUGUAAAGCUGGUUAACCAUCAUGCUGUAUUCUAAGAACUGUUUGCAUUUCCUUUUUUUGAAUGCUAACUUUUUGAAAUGCUUCACGUUUUUACCCAUUUUCAUAUUUAAUCCUUUGCCAUUGUGGAUGCGUUUGAGUUGGCUAUAUAGCAUUCAUAGCACAAGUGCCUUGUCCAGUCCAUUGCAGAUAUUUUGCUUUUUUUUAAAGCUUUAUCACAAAUCUUGUGCCUUAAAAAACAUAUUUGAACAUUAGUUUCUGAUGUUAGAUCUCCCUCUAGUGCCUUUUGCUAGCAUGUCCAGUGCAUGGCCAGCCUGCUCAUGAAUUAACUGCAGAAGCAGUUCUGGUUCCCAUCUCUACUGCAGUCUCUUCAGCUGUGCACAUAAUGCUUUCUUGGGGUCCUUCUUGAGAAAGGAUGGUGACUGCCAAUUUGUGUGGAGUAGAUCUGGCCACUUUCUGGUUGUGCUAUGAAAGGUAAGGCAGGCCUGUCUGCUUAGGCUGCAUGUCAAGGUAUGGCUCAGAUGGAAAAGAAGCAAUAUAUCAGCAUUUCUAGGAAGACUUGAUCAUCAUUGAAAUGAACAUAAGCAAGUAUAUCUGCUUAUUCAGGUUGUCCUUGGGGGAAAUCUACUCCCUCCUUACUCAGGAUUUUCUUGUUUGGAGCUUUGGUCUGAAGAUUUUAUAAAAUGCAGUUAUUUCCUUUCAGAAAAUAUUAAAUGUAUCCAUCCAACAAAACACUAAAUGAGCAUGCUCACAGACACUGAAAAGCAUUUCUACAUUCUUUUCAUGAUUUAAAUAGCUUUACUUAUUCUUUUUACUAUUUACUUUUCUUAUUCCUCGUCUCAAGGGUAAACAUUCAUGUUUUAAUGAAUGAUUGCAACCAACCCCCUUGUCUGCAAGUUACUUCCAGUGUUAAUAAACCAGUCAAUAUGGGAAUGGAUGCACUUCCAUUUUUAAACAACAGGCUUAGAUUUUUGCAUUUGCCCAAGUUUGAGGGAAAGGCUUUUGGCUGAACUCUGACGUUAUGCUUCAUGUCUUCUGGGAUAAAGUGUACGCUCUCACUUUACCCCCAUCCAAAACUGCAGAUGCACAGCAUCUUAAAUUUUGACACUAAUAAAUUUUGUCAAAUCA